AUGAUUAAAUCAAAUUUAUAUUUGGAAAUUUGUUCGGGCGUGAACAUCUCUCAAUCACAAUUAUUUUGUUUUAUCAAGACUUCAAAAAAUCCGAAUUGCUUUCUAGUUAAAAAUUAUAUUAAUAAUGAAUUGAAUUUGGGGGUGUAUGCGCUUCGAGAUAUUUGUGAAAAUGAAGAAUUAUCAAUAUGUGAAAAGAUUGAUGAUAAUUUAUUAGAGAUUACAAGUAGUGACUUUGGUUUAUCAUUUCCUAAAGUGGUAGACCCUAUCAAUACACGAAAGAUCUAUUUGGAAAAGUUGAUGGAGAAGUUAAAUGAUAUAUCGCUUACAAAAGCCACUUUAAAAUUAUUUAAUUUUUCUGAAAAGUUUUAUAAUCACGUAUAUUUAAUCAUUUCCUUGGAACUUCCCACCAUUACCUUUACACAAAAACUUUACAUGUUAUUAAACGCUUAUCGUUUAUUCUUACUUUGGAUAAAUUGUGAACAUACGUUUACUUAUGCUUCUCGUUUUGAGCAAUUUAUCAUUUGUUAUGUGAUCUCCUUUAAUUCUUUGUUGGAAAAUUGGGUUUCAAUUAAUUAUUGGGCCAAAUUAUUAUUGAGUAUUGGCGUGUUGACGGAUCAAAAUGACGAGGGUCAAAAGAUAUGCGAAGAAGAGGUCAUUGAGAGAUUUAAAUUCUUACAACUGAGAUGUUUGGAUUGUGUGGAAUUCAAGUCUGUGAUCACUUUAAGUGCUCAUUAUAAUUUUUUAAAAGGAAUUUGUAAUAAAUUUG